AUGUCUACUGAUAGUACGCCUAUUACCCUUUGGUGUCUCGAAUACAGAAGUAAUUCCUUCUCCAUUACCAUUGGAAAUAAUAAUUCUAUUUUUGAUCUAAAGAAAGCUAUCUUUGAGAAGAUUAAUGUACCUGACAACGUAAAAGCUAAAAACCUUUGUUUAUGGAAUGUUAAUGUUGAGGAAAGUCAGUUGGAGAGCAACACCCCUGAUGAUUUAAUGACUGUUGAAAAUGAAAUAAAAAUCGCAUCGCAAAAAGUUGGCAACACAUUCUAUGGAGUUCAAGAUAAUAACAUUCGAGUUAUCGUUAAAGUUCCUGUUGCCAUCGAGCAACUCGAUGCAUCAGUGUUCGUUGACAGAAGUGGCAUAAUCUGCAAAGAGCUUUUAAAAAAAUUCGACAUUAUCCCAAAUAAAGUAGAAGAACUUAAAACUCUUAUUGAUGCACCGCUUCUACGAAAACUGCCUGUAACUUCGGAUGAGGAGAUAAUGUUUCCUGAUAUAAGCAAUUAUGUCUGCACAACACAAGGAGAACGACGAAGUGCUAUUGCGAAGAUCAACAGCAAUCUGUUUACAAUUGAUACGAAAUUCUCAGGCAAAUCUGAGAGCAUGUUACACCAUCCGAUAGAUUCCAUGAUUAGAAUCCCACUCGAAAAUUUUAAUAAAUACCUUGGAGGGUCUUUACCUAUUGAUAUUGAUCGGGAUAAAUCAGAUUCAGGAUCAACUACGAAAGGUACGCAAAGGCCCAAUUUUCUAUGCUGGAUAAAAAAAUUACUUAUUUUUAAGGGUGAAGAGAAGGCAAAUGUUGGUGAUUUUGACACAGCAAGAAUUGAAUUAGUAGAGAAGUUCAAUGUACUUGAUCCUAUAUUCUUCGGUAAUAUUAAAUUUUUGAUCUGCUAUGCUGCAGCAGGAUCGAAUGUGCAAUUCUAUGCAAUUGAUGGCUCAAAAGAAACUGUGAAAAAUCCAAACCAACUAAUGCCACUUACCGGUGUACUUAAUUCUAUCAACCUUGUGGAUCGAAUUACUAUUCUCCGCACGACUGUAAAUAUUGCGCGCAUCAUGUUAACAAUAAGUGACAACAUUACCGACAUGAUCAUACCUCUCGGAAAGAAACAGAAGUUACCCGGGCUUGUCCAGAUCAAGGAAGACCCUCUCUUUAUCCAAGAUCAAAGAAUGUAUAAAGUUAAAAUGACAACUCAAGGUAUCCCUUGCAAACUGAAUAAUGAGAAUGACGUACGGGAAAUGACGAAAUGUGUUCUCACCGGGCUAGCCAGAUUACAUGCAGGAAGAUACGUUCAUCGUGAUAUCCGGAUACCAAACAUCGUGUUCGUUCCUGAACAUCAUGACAACUUUAGAUAUGUCCUCAUUGAUUUCGAGCAUGGAGGCAUGAACAAACAAAAGCCUGGUGAAAAUUUGAAUGGCUGGGAUGCAAAUACGCUCACGAAAUCUGGCCACUAUGUAUACUUAUCAGAAAUGUACCAGCUGGGAAAGAUGCUAGAAAAGUAUAAUGAUUUGAUGACAGCUGGUGGAAAAGAUUUUGUGAAUCAAUUGAAAUCAAAAAAUUUGACAGCGGAGGAGGCACUUAAACACACAUGGAUCAAUAAUAGUACUACAUCAAUCUAA